AGAAGAAUGGAAAGCUGGCUGCUUGUCACUUUUGCGAUUUCAGUGAUUCAAACCUAAGAGAUCCGAUGAUGAUGCUGCAGUCUCUCGCAAGUCAGAUGUGUGAGAAUAUCCCUGGUUUUAAAGAGAAGCUUCUUGAUCAGUUAAAACGACCUCGUCAAGUUCAAAAUCUGAAAGAUGCCUUUCAAAUAUAUUUACAAAAUCCCUUAGAUGAAUUGGAAAUAAAAGAGCCACGUUUAGUCGUGAUCGAUGGCUUGGAUGAAAGUGCUGCAGAUAAUAAGAAUGAAAUUACGCAUUUGAUUGCUGAAUAUUUUCCUGUUCUUCCCGAGUACAUCAAAAUCUUGGUGACGAGCAGGCCAGAGAUUUCCGUUGCUGAUCUGAGACUAAGAAACGAUCAAAAGACAGACAUUGCCAAUGUUGAUGACAACAAUAACUCAGAUCUUGAACUUUAUUUUAAAGAAUGUUUUCCAAGUUUAGUUGGCAGGGAAGUUGAUAUGUGCCAUGAUUUCUAUAAGGAUCCAUAUCUUUACCGCGUUUGGCGAAAUGGAACUAUUAGUUUACUUUCCAUUUUUGUUGCCAAAUGCCAGGGCUCAUUUCUCUAUGCAUAUCAUUUUCAAUCUGGGCUAAAGGCUCGCUAUGAUCUUGAGAAGAUAACAAAUAAUGACGUCAUGGCGUUUCUCCCAGAAGGUCUUCAUUCUGUUUACGAAGAAUAUUUCAAACGCCUUGAAGACGAGAUUAACGCCUUAAAACAUGAAAAGUUUGAUGUGUUAAAAAUUUUGGAAAUGCUGGCUGCUUCCGAAGGACCUCUUCCCCUCACUUUCGUCGCUCAGGCUUUUGGUUUAGCUCCAGAUUGUCGCGAAACGAAAGACAUCAUCAACAAAAUUAAUGAAACCGUAUCGUGCUUGUUGUACGUUUCAGAUGACAUGUUAACCGUUUUUCACAAAUCCUUUAUUGAUUGGCUUCUAGCAAAGGGCUACAAAGAUCACCAGUAUACUGUCAAGGUCGAUGAUGGACAUAGAUCGCUUUGGCUUUUAUGCGAAGAGGUUUUUAAAGAAAUUAAAGAUAAAGGUGUUCGCUCAGGACUUGAGGUGAAGUUUACUAAUGACGUGAAAUACGCUCUGAAACAUGGUUUAAAACAUCUAAUAAAGUGUAAAAUGGAGGAAGUUGUGUUUUGGUCAAUUGAUGUUAUUAUCGUAUGUUAUAUGAUAACUGUAAUCAAUUUAGAUGAUUUGCGGCGUUUCUGGCUCACAUUACUGAAAUGUUCCUGGAUUAAAAACGAAAAUUUACGCCCCGCAUUUCGUACCACGUCAUUGAAUUUGACUGUUUGGAACAUGCCCUGAAACACCAGUGGGAAUAUGACAAUUAUUCAGCUUUUCCGACAGUAUUUUCACAAUCGUAUUUACAAGCGGUUCUUACACAUUCUCCAGAAGGUUAUUUCAGCGAUGAUGAGAAGAAAAUCGCGGAGACGCUACUAUCAAACGAUUCACCUUUUGUCAAGUCGAAUUCUUACGAAGUUUCGCUUUUGCCACGAGCAGUCUGGAAACGCGGUGACUUUGAUCGUAUUACAGCUGUUGCUUUAUCUAACGAUGAGAAAAGAGUAGCAGUUGUAAGAAAGAAUUUUAUCCAUGUGCUAUCCCUACCAACUUUAGUUGAAAUUAUGAGUUAUUCGACAAACUUAAAAACAAUUCCAUGCUGUACAUUUUCUCCAGACGAUUCCCUCAUAUUAUUUGGUAAACUGGAAACGGCGUUUAACAUUGCUGGAAGAAAGGAAGUUCCAUUUUUCCCUGGAAAUGAAGGAACGUUCUUGUCCUGUGCAUUUUCCCCUAAUGGCAAAAGACUGGUGACUAGCAAGUAUUCAAACACCAUUAAACUAUGGGACGUUGCUAAACAAAAAUUCCUGUCGUCGCUUUGUGCUGGAUUUCCUGUUGGUUGGUGUUCUUUUAGCGUCACAGGGUUAUUUAUUAUUGCAAAUUCAGAAUCUUCAUCUUAUCCGGGUUAUUCGUUUUGUGUUUGGAACGCCAUCACAUUGCAAAGAAGUGAUAAGCGAAAAUUAUCUCACGGGGAAAGGGAGAAACGAGUUGUGUUAAAGAGUAGGAAAUGUGAACGAUGUUUUCAGCGGGGAUUUGAGGAACCAAAUUCUAAACACUUAGAAAUAAUGAAAAUUUAUACUGAAUAUAAUGUGAUUUCGGGUCCGUGGAUCUGCAAAGGUGUGGAGUGUAUUUUUUCUUCGGAAGAGUUUUGUUAUUAGAGUGACACAGAAAGUAUUCCUUUUACUGCGAUUUGCGCUUUGGAACAUCUUGUUGCUAAUCCUGGCUUUUUCUGUGCAAAUAAAAUACAACUUUAAAAGAUAAUGUGUGGCUCUAUUCAGAUAAUGAUCAACUAAUUAUCUUUAAGACAUUAGCUCCUAAACAAGAGCAAUCCUGUCUGUCACAGCCAACGAAAGUUUAUUCGAGUUCGUUUUCUCCUGACGGCUCUCGACUUGCAUCCUGCAACUCAGAUGGAUAUAUCAACGUAUGGAAUGUCUAUACCAACCAAGUUGAACAACGUUUCAAAAGCAGUCAAUGCAGGUCAAGGUUUUUAUGCUGGUGGUCGGAAGAUUUCUUGUUUGUGAUUAGUGAAUUUAACAGGAUUCCCAAAUUAACGCGAUACCCGGUAGAUGACAUUUUAGAGAUCGUGUUUACUCACAGUCAGGACGUGGCGCUAGACGACUUGUCUGAAUUCAGGCAAGAGGGCUGGUUUGAGCUCCCAGAUUUGUCUGAAGACUCGUCUGAAGACUUGUUUGAAGACUUUCCGGAAGACUUGUCUGAAUUCAGGCUAAAGGGCUGGUCUCAUUUCCUAGAUUUAAAGGUAGGUUUUUCUGAAGGCUUUGUCAGCUUGGCUCUCGGACGCUUCAAACCCGUGAAAGUUCUCGAUGUCAGAGAUGUUGAUGGUCCUGUAAUGAUCAAUUUGCCUGGAAUUGAGCCUGAGAUGAAAGUGGAAAUUUCGCCCGGUGGUGCCUUUAUCUCUGGUUGUAAUGACUGUAUAUUUUAUAUUUGGAAAAGAAAUACCGAAAAGCCAACUUCGUAUGAAGUCUUUUAUCACUAUGAAUUUUGCAAUGAAUGCAAUAAUUUCGCAGUUUGUUUAUUCG